GGGUGACUGCAUGGUGACUCAGCCUUACGUAUUUAUGUAUGUGGGCGGAGACUCCUUUAACCAGGUAUACUUCUACAUAUCCUGUUCUCGUUGGGCACUUCGUACUUAGAACAGCGUUCGUCAAGGGAAAGCGAAGCCAAACUUUUUUGAAACCAAGUAUCCAACCGAUCGGAUGAGAGAGAUUAUUACACUCGCCACCGGCCAGGCCGGCAACCAGGUUGCCACCUCAUUUUGGACGUCGAUUCUUCAAGAGCAUGCACUCUCGGGAGAUGGGAAACCGCUACCAGAAGGAACAGAGGAACAGCACCAUCGACUCGAGGUUUUCUUCAGCCAAGGUUCAAACGAUAAAUGGGUCCCUCGCGCCUUGAACGUCGAUUUAGAACCCAACACGAUGGAAGCUAUUCGUUCUGGCCCGCUCGGCAAACUUCAUAGGCCGGAUAACUACGUCCAUGGACAGUCUGGGGCUGGAAACAAUUUCGCUAAGGGAUUUUAUACCGAAGGAGCCGAACUGGUAGAGAGUGUUAUGGAAGUGGUGCGGCAUGAAACAGAGCGAUGUGAAGUUCUCCAAGGUUUUCAGAUCAUCCAUUCCUUAGGUGGCGGGACCGGUAGUGGCCUUGGAACGUUAAUCAUGGGAAAGCUAAAAGAAGAAUUUCCUGAUCGCAUGAUGAACUCAUGGUCCAUACUUCCAAGUCCCAAAGUUUCUGACACAGUGGUAGAGCCUUACAAUGCGACACUAUGUUUUCAUCAGCUGGUUGAGACGAGUGACUUAACCUUCAGUAUCGACAACGAAGCUCUCUUUGACAUUUGUCAAACAACGCUGAAGAAAAGCAACCCGAGUUACAGCGAUCUCAACAGUUUGAUUGCAAAUGUUAUGGCUGGUUGCUCCACCACCUUACGCUUUCCAGGCCAAUUGAACGCCGAUCUACGUAAACUGGCCGUUAAUAUGGUUCCAUUCCCUCGGCUUCAUUUCUUGAUGUGUGGAUUUGCUCCACUUACUGCUCCUGGCGCAGCAGCUUAUCAAAAAAUUAGUGUAGCGGAUCUCACACAGCAAGUCUUCUCACCCCAGUCUAUCAUGGCGGCCUCUGAUCCGCGCCUGGGUCGAUACCUGACGGCGGCUACGAUUUUCCGGGGCUCGAAUGUCUCGUCUCGAGAUGUUGAAGACGCAAUGGUUGCGGUUCAGGAAAAGAAUUCGGAUUUUUUCGUUGAAUGGAUCCCCAACUCCGUCAUGACUUCUCUUUGUCAAGUCCCUCCACAUGGCCUUCGGAUGGCGGCUACUUUUAUUGGAAACUCAACUGCUCAACAGGAGCUGUUUAAGCGUACCCAAGCUCAAUAUUCUGCUAUGUUCCGACGGAGAGCAUUUUUACACUGGUACACAAACGAGGGAAUGGGUCAGUAAUCCCAAUAUUUUCAUGAUGGAAUCAAUGUCUCUAAUCAUGAGCGAUGUAUGGUUUGGUAUGAUUUAGAUGAGAUGGAAUUCACAGAAGCUGAAUCGAACUUGAUCGAUCUGAUUGCCGAAUACCAACAGUACUCUGUUGCUGGAAUUGAUGACUUGGACGAAGUUUACGAGGGUGAAGAGGAUCAAGUCGAGGGGUACGAAAACGGCUACGAGGAAGAGCAGUAGAGGCCUCACUGCUCAACGAGGUUUUCGUAAAAAAACGGAAUUGGAAAGCUUUUUGGAAACCACUUGGGCGAAUUUCUCAGAACGAUGGCUUCGCGUUCUUGUGAAGCGCAGAAGAUCUCCCUGCCGUUUUUUUGGUAUGAGGUGCUCUUACUAUAACACUGCUUGUUAAUAAAAACACAUCUGAAUUCUUGCAUGAAUCGUUCUGGAUUAUUUACAUACACAUCCUAGUCCCAGGCAAAGGAAUGUUUUGUUUUUGAACUCUUUAUUUAUUGUUCGUAGCGAUUCCAAUGAAAUGAUAGUGAUGAUCACGAGUAGGGCUGUGUUGGUGAUGUUAACAGGCUUGUCAACG